AUGCUUCUAGGUGCUAGUAUCGGGGUUAUUUUAAAUAAAAGUUUUCCCUCUUGGCUUAUUCUUGCUCUUUUAACUUUGCUCUUAGGAUUUAUGCUUUAUAAUUCUAUUAAGAAAUAUAUUAAGCUCAGUGAAAAAGAAGCCGAACAAAGAAAUAAAGAAAAAGACAAUAAAAAAACAAAUUUAAUAGAAAAUAAAGAGCAAUCAAAUACUGAAAAUUUAAUAAUAAAUUGCGAGAUAGAAGCUGGAGGAGUAACACAGAAGAUUUUGCCUGGUGAAGACAAUAAAAAAGAAAAAAAUAAUCAUAUUGACGAUGUUUAUAAAGAAGAAAGCAGGAUUAUACCGGUUCGGCAGUUCACUGUGAUUUUAUUGAUUUUAGGCUUUGCAAUUAUAGGGUCAUUAAUGAAAGGUGGAAAAGGUUCAGAGUCAAUACUCGGCUUUUCGCAGUGCAGUUCUUGAUAUUGGGCUUUUGUCGCAAUUUUUUUUAUAUCUCUUCUAAUUUUAUGUUUCUUAGCUGAGCUAUUGGCUAUUCAUAAAGUCAAUAGAAAAAUUGAGCAAGGUUAUAAUUUUGAUGAUCAUGACAUAAAAUGGGACAUCAAAAAUACCAACUUAUUAUCUGCCUUUACAAUAAUAGCUGGGAUCACAGCUAGUUUAUUAGGGUUAGGUGGAGGAUUAGUUAUGAAUCCUAUCAUGCUAAAUAUCGGCUACAGACCAGAAGUAUCGACCGCAUCCUCUUCAUUUUUAGUCCUUAUGGCUUCUAUUAUAGCAGUUCUUCAAUUUUCCCUUGCUGGAGAAGUAAUUUUAGCUUAUGGGCUAUGACUAUUUUUUACCUCAGUACUAGGAUCAAUGCUUGGAACAUUUUUUAUAUUGAAAACAGCAAAAAGGUAUAAAAGAGUAUCAAUUGUGGUACUAAUUUUGGCGAUUAUUCUUUUUAUGUGUAUAAUAGCGAUUCCUACAUAUGGAAUUAUCGAUAUGGCGACAGGUGGCGAUACACAAUAUGGAUUUUCAGGGUUUUGCUAA